CUGAAAUGCUUUCUUCCGCCAGUUGGUGUUCCUAGCCGGGACAUUAUCUAAUGAGACACUCACCCACCUACAGUAACAUGUUAUUUCAAAUAAUAACAACCUCAUGAAGGUGCUUUCAAGAAGGUGCGAAAGAAUGCCAAGAAAACCUUCGCUGACCCCGAAACCUCUGAGCUCCACUCCAUAAUUUCCACGAAAGGGUUCAAAGAAAUUGUACAGAUUUUCGACCUUCUUUCCGUAUCCCAACCAGAAGUGCCUGGAGAAUGCGAAAAUUUGGUUGCUUUACUUCAAGACACUUUAGAGGUUUUAUACAACGGCCCACUCUCAGUUGACCAAAAUGACGUAGAAUCUAAUGAGCUGGUGCGUUUGUUGAGCACAUCGCACUUUCGCAGCUUUGCUGAAGCCUAUACUGAAGUGGCGACAAAACACUUUCACAUGCCAGAGCUCCCAGAAUCGGCGUUCUAUGCAAUUUCUGGGACGUACGGCACUUUGGCCAGUCUUGCUGCCAGCAGAGGUUCGAUAAUGCCACAGAACGUAGUGGGUGAUGGCGAGCUUGCUUUGCACGGAAAGUCUGCAAGUGUGACAAACGCAUACAAUGAGCCAAAGCUGACAGGUACUGGAAGCAUGCCAGCAUACCUUGAUGGACGAAUCAACGAAGCGACACUGACCGGAGGAGGGGUUGGUCCCGCACUUCCACCGGUGGAAGGAACUAUGAAGAUAGUCAGCUUUGAGAAAAACCUCGGUGAAGACCUGGGGAUAACCGUUGUACAACAACAAUACAUGUCUGCACACUACGGACUAGUCAAGGAGCUUGUUAUCAAGCGCAUUCUAACAGCAUCUCGCAUUGAGCAACAAGGUUUGCUUCACGAGGGCGACGUUAUUCGUGAGGCAAAUGGUGUUCCGGUAGACACACCACAAAUGCUUCAGCGUGUGUUGCGAAAUGCCGUUGGAACUGUCACGUUCAAAAUUAUUCCUGGUUACCAGUCCACGCCAACUACCACUCAGCUGUUUCUCAGAACAUAUUUUUCGUAUAAUCCGAAAAAUGACAAUCUCAUACCCUGCAAGGAGGCUGGAUUACCUUUCAGUGCCGGUGACGUUUUACAAGUCCUCAAACAGGAGGAUCCUUAUUGGUGGCAAGCCAGACAUUACGGUCAUCAUCAGCGGGCUGGGCUGAUUCCCUCCAUAGUUUUACAGGAACGAAGAAGGGCAUUUGUCCAAAGUGCUCCCAGUCCAGAAGAGGUUACUUACAAAAUGGUCGCUUGCGGGCUUGCGAGACGCCGGCGGAAACAGGUGGUUGUGCCUUUUCGCGCGCGUGACGCCGACGAAUACGAAACGAAGGAUAUAACAUUGUACGAAGAAGUGGCAUUAAUAUCUGGGUUCCAACGUCCGGUGAUUUGUCUAAUCGGGGCAGAUGGAGUGGGCAGACGGUCACUCCUAGAAAUGUUGAUUCGAUCGAACAGGGAGCGAUAUGGCACUGCAGUUCUACACACGACCAAAGAACGUGACCCGGACGAAGAUGACGAAACGGAAUUUGUGGUAGAUUCACACGCAAAUAUGGAGAAGGCCCAUUAUGAGAACAAGUUCCUCGAGUUCGGGGAAUUCGAGGGACACUAUUACGGCACCAAAUUAGACAGUAUCCGCGAGGUGAUCAAUUCCGGACGUACCUGCCUAUUGGCUUGUUCUAUCCAAGCGGUGCCCCGAAUACGUAAUUCAGAAUUCAUGCCCUAUGUGGUCCUGCUUGCAGCACCAUCAGUCAGCUGCAUGAAAGCCAUGUAUGAGUACGGAAUGAGCAUGGGGUUUACACAUAAAUGGAAAAGGGACGAGCACUUUCGAAGAACACUGGAGCAGAGCAAACAAAUCGAACAAACCUACCGGCAUCUGUUGGAUUUGAUUCUGCUAUGUGAUAAUAUUGAAACUAACUUUGAACGCUUAUCACAAUGCUUAAAUGAUCUUUUGUGCCAACCACAGUGGGUACCCGCCAGAUGGCUGUACUAGACUGCUUAGCGACGUUUCUUAUUAUUAGCCAUACCAGAAUAAUUGUACAUAUCAUCUACAUUUUCUGCAAUCACCUGCCCUUCCAGUUCCCAUAUUAGAUGGGGAUCGAUGCUUUUU